CGCAAACGUUUAGAAAAUGUCUAUCGUGUGUAUUGAAACAGCGCAUGCUCAUAGUUUGAGCUGACCGGAAGUCCUUAUUCUCGUACGAAAAAUAAUUAUUAUUCAAAUUGUACUACAUUCUGGCGUGAUCACAGUGUUUCUUUCGCGUUUUCUGUACUAAUGAAGCAGCGAUCAGUUUGCUUGCUGUUUGUAACACACUAACGCAUUCAUCUUAGCCGUCUAAAUCAGCAGUGUUUUGUUCUGCACAGAUCAUGCCAGGCUUUGAGCUGGAGCAGGUGGACGGUGGCAGUCCUGUGGAUCUGCCCUAUGGAGAGACUGUCCUGGGCAGAGGGCCAUUUCUAGGGGUGAACGAUAAGAGGGUUUCCAGGAACCAUGGCAUCCUUGAGAACCAGAAUGGCGUGCUGCGCCUGAAGCCUACGCAUCUGAACCCUUGUUUUAUUCAGACGAACAUCGUAGCGCCGCCUCAGCCGCUGGAGAAGGACCAGUGGCACUGCCUGAAGGAUGGAGACAUCUUCUCUCUCAUGCCUGGAAAAUACAUUUACAGAGUCCACAUUAAAGAAGACGAUCAGACUCCCAGGAACAGUCAGGCGUUUGGAGAGGAUGUGGAGGUGGAGAAGUGUUUGUCUGAAGACACACUCGAGGCCAGCAGCUGCACACACUCCAACCUGAGACACACACAUGCAGAAGAUGAAGGAGCCGCUGGUUCUUCACACACUCUUGCCUCUCUAAAUGAGCCACCAUCCAAGAGCCAGCAGGACAAGUCCUCUCUGCCCCUGAGGAAGCGUGUUUUGCCAGCCUGGAUGACGACUUCAGCUGCCACCAGUCCGUCACCCGCCAAAGUAGCCAAAGGAACCCCUACAAAAGCCAAACGCGUUGCAACACCCAAGCGGGCGACUGGACCGAAACGGGCUCGAACUGCAGCGAUGUCAUCUGAGGAAGAGGAGCUGGAGGACAAAACGCCCAAGAGGAAAACAAAAAGACUGAAGAGCGACUCUGAAGAGGAGUCCUUGCCACCUCUGGAUGAUGCAACGGCUCCCAGUGGAGAGUCUUCAGUCCCGGACGGAGUGAACGGCACAGGAGUGAUGGAGCGUAAUGAUGAGGAGAGGAAAGGAGGUGGCAGGAGAGCCCAGGUCAGACCAGGAGAUCAAGCACAAAACUCCAAGACUCAAACUGAAGAUCGCAGUGAUUCUCAGGUCAGCCGGGGACUCUCGCAGAGGUCAGAUGUCACAGAGAGCGAGAUCAAAACAAGCAGGAGUGAAGUGAAGAAACCACGGCGGACAGCCUGUCCUUAUGGCAGCUCCUGCUACAGGAAGAAUCCGCUUCACUUUCAGGAGUGCAGUCAUCCUGGAGACAUCGACUAUGAGGAGGAGAAAGCAGACGAGGAGGAGAAUGAAGAUGACGAUCGGCCUGAGUGUCCAUACGGCACACAAUGCUACAGGAAGAAUCCACUUCACAAGAAAGAGUACAAACACACAAAGUCACCACCCAAGAACACUGCUGCUGCUGCUGCUGCUGAUGAGGAUGAAGAUCAAUAUGAGAACAGUUUUAUUAAUGACGAGAGCGAGGAGGAGGAGGUGGAUGAAGACUCAGACUAUGUGCCAGAAUCAGACGGCAGCGGCAAAGAGGACAUUAAACGGCUGCAGAGAGAAGCCAAGAACUUUCUGAGAAGGAAAAAGUGACUCUGCUUUGGGGGAAGACUGCAGAAAAACACUAACUUUACAAAGAUUGAACGGCUGAUGCAGAAUCUCUGCUCGUUUAAUUCAGGUUUAUAUGAUUUUAUUUACUUUUAGCUUGACGUUUUAAUGGAUUGUUCACCUAGAAAUUCAUUUAUCAUUGAUUUGUUCCCCCUGGUGUUGUUUUAGGGCUGAUUCUUAUUCUUUCUGUCUUAUUUGGACCAUGAAAUUACAUUUUAUUUAAAGAAAUGUCUCGCUAUUACUCAAACUUACAAGAGAAAUUAACAUUUUUUUAUUGUUCGUUUUAUUGUUUGUUUGUUUGCUUUACAAGCUUUAAACUUUAAUCUAAAACUGAUAGAAAACACAAAAGAAGAUAUUUUGAAGAAUGUUGAAAACAUGUAACCACUGACUUCCAUAAUAGAAAAAAAAUUAAAUACUAUGGAAAUAGUAUUGUAUGUAAAGUAAUACUAGUAUAGUAUGGAAAUAAAUACUAUGGAAGUCAAUAGUUACAGGUUUUCAACAUUCUUCAAAAUAUCUUCUUUUGUAUUUAAAACAAAUAGAAAACUCAUAAAGGUUUGGAAUCACUUAAGGGAAAGUAAACAGUGAGCAAAUGUCCAUUUUUGGGUGAACUAUCCCUUUAAAUGAUCUCCAUCUGCAUCCAUUAUAAAUGUUUUAAUGUUUGGGUAAAUGUUUCCUUUAAUUAAUCUACCAUAAUAGAUGUUUAUUUUUAGAUUCUCCUACUAUUCAAUGUUCUUUCAUCUCAUCCAAAGUUUUAUUAAUUUUUUUUUUUUUAAUAAAGGCUGUUAAUACUUUGAUUUUAGGUGGAUCUUAAAGGGAUAGUUCACCCCAAAAUUUAAAUUUCAUCUACUUGUUUCACUCAAAUGGUUCUAAACUUUUACAUUUCCUUCUUUUGUUUAAACAUAAAAGAAAAUAUUUUGAAGAAUGUUGAAAACAUGUAACCAUUGACUUCCAUAAUAGGAAAGGCAAAUGCUAUGGAAGUCAAUGGUUACAGGUUUUUAACAUUCUUAAAAUAUCUUCUUUUGUGUUCAAAACAAAUAGGAAACUCAAUCAAAAAUUUGAAUCACUUAAGGGAGAGUAAACGGUGAGCAAAUGUCCAUUUUUGGGUGAACAAUUUCUUUAAAUGAUCUCCAUCUGCAUCCUUUAUAAAUGUUUUAAUAUUUAAGUAAACGUUCCCCUAAUUAAUCUACCAUAAUUGACUACUUUUUAAUGUUUUGUCAUCUCAUCCUAAGGUUUUUUUUUAAUAAAGGCUGUUAAUAUUUGAUGUAAGUGGAUCUUAAAUGUAUAGCUCACUCCAAAAUUAAAAUUUCACGCACAUGGUUCUAAA